AUGUCGUUCGUCUGGAAUAACAAAGACGCCCGCACAUCGCGAACACAGUACCAACAAAUGGUAGAUGAGUUGGAAAAGGUCCCUGACAUCGCCAGAGGGAUGUAUAAAGGUGACCAGACCGCUUUCUGGGAGGAAAUGGCUGAGCACCUUAACGCCCUGGGACCGCCGAUAAGAACGGGUGCAACGUGGAAGAGGGUUUGGUUUGAUUAUAAAUGUGCGGUGAAAAAAAAACUCCGUGUGAACAAAGCGUCUUUGUUGGCCACUGGUGGCGGCCCGUUUCAGCAAAGGCCAUUAAACGACGUGGAAGAAAGAGUGGCCAAUUUGACGAACUUGAAGGCCACCAUAGAAGGGAAUUCAGGCCGCUCUUGGGGCAAUUUAAACAACAACUAUGACAACAACAACAACAACAACAACAACAACAACAACAACAACAGCAACAACAACAACAGCAGCAACAACAGCAGCCAAUUGUUGCCAAUCGGCAACAACGAGGAGCCAAACAGCGGCAGCGGGGCGCCAAACAACGGCAGCGAGACACCGAACAAUGAGGAGCAAAAUCCUAUAACGGCAAAAGCUCGUCAAAAAAGGAGUCGUAAGCGACAAAACACGGAAGCGGUGUUGCGGCAAAACCAACAGCUUCUUAAUCUAAUGAAAGAAAACAUUGAAGCUCAAAAAGAGUCCACAGCCGCAUUGAAUAGGGCAAUUGUGGUAUUAGAAAAUAUCACAGGUAUGUUAAAAGAGGCUGUAGAACGCAAAACCAAUUAG